UCUACUUGUCACACACGAAGAAAAGAGGAGAGAGUGAUCUCCAUUAAAGGUUGUCGUUUCUGCAACUAAGGCUAUCAGUUAUUUGAGCGAAAGCUGUGUGAGUAACACAUUAAGGUUGUAUUAGUAAUGGCGUCUUCACAGGAGCCUUGGAACCUGGAGAACGGAGGAAGCUGCAACCUAAAGGGUUCCAGCAAAGAGAUUCGCCACGGAAGAACUGCUCACAACAUGUCUUCCUCGUCGCUGCGCAAGAAAUCAGAUAUUUCUCUUGUCUCUAAGAUUCCAUGUAGCCUUCUGAGACAGUUCUUCAAGAACCUCCAAGAAGUCAUCUUGGGAACUAAGCUUUCUGUUCUCUUCCCUGCCAUUCCCCUCGCCAUCAUCGCUUCAGCUUACAACUUUGGAACGCCAUGGGUUUUCGCUUUGAGUUUGCUUGGGCUUACCCCUCUUGCUGAAAGAAUCAGCUUUCUCACUGAACAAAUUGCUUACUUCACUGGUCCAACAGUGGGAGGGCUACUGAAUGCAACAUGUGGAAAUGCGACAGAGCUGAUAAUAGCAUUACUAGCUCUUCAUCAGAAUAAGAUAGAGGUGGUGAAGUGCUCCCUUUUGGGUUCUGUGCUUUCAAACCUUCUUCUUGUCCUUGGAACCUCUCUUUUCUGUGGGGGCCUAGCCAAUAUAAAGAAGGAACAGAAAUAUGACAGGAAGCAAGCAGAUGUGAACUCUCUUCUUCUGUUGCUGGGACUUCUAUGCCACAUAUUGCCUCUCCUGUUCAAAAUGAACUACAACACUGAUGGCACUACUCAGAUGGCAGACUCCACUCUCCAGUUGUCAAGAGUGAGCAGUAUAGUCAUGCUUCUUGCAUACUCUGCCUAUCUCUUCUUCCAAUUGAAGACUCAUCGCCAGUUAUUUGAAGCCCAAGUGGAGGAAGAGGGAGAUAAAGUGGGUUCAGAAGAAGAGGCAGUGAUCAGUUUCUGGAGUGCAUUUUCUUGGCUGGUGGGAAUGACUGCUGUUGUAGCUCUCCUCUCAGAAUAUGUUGUGGGUACCAUAGAGGAUGCAUCAGAGUCAUGGGGUAUUUCAGUGAGCUUCAUCAGCAUAAUCUUGCUACCAAUUGUUGGAAAUGCAGCAGAACAUGCAGGAGCAAUCAUUUUUGCUUUCAAGAACAAGUUGGACAUAACUUUGGGAGUUGCUUUGGGUUCUGCAACACAAAUUUCUGUCUUUGUGAUUCCCUUGAGUGUGCUGGUUGCAUGGAUCAUGGGUAUUGAGAUGGACCUUGACUUCAACAUCCUUGAGACUAGUUCUCUUGCUUUAUCAAUCUUGGUCACAGCCUUCACUUUACAGGAUGGGACUUCCCAUUACAUGAAAGGAUUUGUCCUCUUGCUUUGCUAUGUUGUUAUGGGGGCGUGCUUCUUCGUUCUUAGAACUCCGCUUCACAAAGUAAAUGCUGUUACCCUUGGAGUUGAAUCAUCAACUGGAGGAGGAGGAGGUUUGGCAAAUUAAUUGCAAGCUAAGACCAUUGGAUUGAUUCCAAAUGAAGAACUGCUAGAGUUACAAACAAUGGUGGUGGACUCCUCUUCAGCCUCAAACGCAUUCUCCAUUUUUAAUUAUUGUUUAUUUUUAAUUAAAUUGGGAAUGCCAGUUCAAAACAACUUCAAAAAUUACAUUCUGCUUGGCAAUUGAAGAUUUCAGCUGUGAAUCAAAAGCUCAAGUGACUCCCAUGGUUGUUAUCAAGUGAUAGAUGUGCCCUUCAUGAAGCUUUAGAGGAGCAGAAGCCUUCAAAAGAGAUAGACAUGUACAAUCCUGUCUUCCUUCUUAUUAAUAAUGAUGAAAAAUAAGUGGAGUUGUUUUGCUUUUCUUAA